AUGUGUCUUAUAGAAUUAGGGUCAGCUCAAUUGUCACCGAAUUUUUAUGCCGCAAAAUGUCCUAAUGCACUUUCAACAAUUAGGUCAGGAGUGAACUCUGCUGUCAGCAAAGAAGCUCGCAUGGGAGCUUCGCUUCUUCGCCUUCAUUUCCAUGAUUGCUUUGUGCAAGGAUGUGAUGCAUCAGUGCUAUUAGAUGAUACAGCAACUUUUACAGGAGAAAAGACAGCAGGUCCUAAUGCAAAUUCUAUUAGAGGUUUUGAAGUCAUUGAUUCCAUAAAAUCCCAACUAGAGACUUUGUGCCCUGGUGUUGUUUCUUGUGCUGAUAUUCUUGCUGUUGCUGCUAGAGACUCUGUUGUUGCUCUUGGGGGACCAAGUUGGACAGUGCAAUUGGGGAGAAGAGACUCAACCACAGCAAGCAAAAGCCAAGCUAACUCAGAUUUGCCAGCUCCCACUUUGGAUCUCAGUGGCCUUAUCUCUGCUUUCUCCAAGAAAGGUUUAUCAACUAGUGACAUGGUUGUUCUAUCAGGAGGGCAUACAAUUGGGCAAGCAAGAUGCACUUCAUUCAGAGCAAGGAUAUACAAUGAGACGAACAUAGAUCCGAAUUUUGCAAAAUCAUUGCAAGGAAAUUGUCCUAGCACUGGUGGUGAUAACAACUUGGCCCCAAUUGACACAACUAGUCCAACAAGGUUUGACAAUGCUUACUACAAGAACUUGCUAGUGAAAAAGGGUCUCUUCCAUUCUGAUCAGCAACUCUUCAAUGGAGGAUCCACAGAUUCUCAAGUCAACGGUUAUGCCAGCAACCCUUUAAGUUUCUGCAGAGAUUUUGGCAAUUCUAUGAUUAAGAUGGGAAACAUUAGUCCACUCACUGGGACCAGUGGCCAGAUUAGAACUAAUUGCAGGAAGAUCAAUUAGGAUCAAUAAGAUCAAUAAUAUAGAAAAAUAAAUAAAUCUGGUUUGUUAUCUUUUUUGUUUUAUUUAAUGAUCAAGUCUAAUAAUGGUAUAUGAACAUUUUUAAGAAAAUGUUUGAAUAUUAUUAUUUGAUUUGAGAAUUGAAUAAAUUGAAAUAUAACAAAGUUUGUUUCAGCUUUUUUUACCUUAAUUAGGAUGGAUGUUGCAAUUGUGGUAUAGAAACAAUUCAAUGUCAGUGUUCCCUCUCAAUUGUAACUAAUAUUGGCCAGUUACUAUGGAAAUUUUAAAAACUAUAUAAUAUACAUAUAUUUGGUUCGUUCUUG